GCCCCGAAGGGGGGGCCGCGCUUCUUGUGAGACCUUCAUCCUACUCCGCACACACGAAAACUUCAACAUGGUCGACGCCUUCUGCGCCACUUGGAAGCUGGUGGACAGCGACAACUUUGAUGAUUACAUGAAAGCUCUCGGCGUGGGCUUCGCCACCCGGCAGGUGGGCAACGUGACCAAGCCCACCGUCAUCAUCAGCCAGGAGGGCGACAAGGUGAGCAUCCGCACGCAGAGCACCUUCAAGAACACCGAGAUCUCCUUCAAGCUGGGCGAGGAGUUCGACGAGACCACCGCCGACGACAGGAACUGCAAAUCCACAGUGAGCCUGGAUGGAGACAAGCUGGUCCACGUGCAGAAGUGGGACGGCAAAGAGACCAAGUUCGUGAGGGAGAUCAAGGACGGCAAGCUGGUGAUGAACUUGACCUUCGAGGACAUCCACGCCGUGCGCACCUACGAGAAGGCGUAGAGGCCAGUGUCUGCACUUCUUCUUCAUCGUCGUCUUCCUCCUCAAGCAGGCUGCACAUUUUGUUUUCCCCCCGUUUUUUUUUUUUUUUUUUUUUUAAUCCAUUCUUUUUAUACGAAAAUGUGACAUAUUGGACUGAUUGUCUUUGCAGAUGUGUGAAAUAAAACAC